GGUCCGCCGCUCAGCACCCAAUUUUCCGGGCUUAGAUAUAAAACUAAGCCCAAGCACAAAAUUACUAGGCUGGUCUAGGCCGGGCCGAGAAUUAUCACCCACACAGAAGUCAGAAAUUGCCCCCUUCCGCAGCAAAGAGCUCCUAUAAUUCAUAUAUGCUGCAACACACUGGCGCAAGAAUAACCUGUAACGCUGCAAUCUGUCUCCUUCAAAAGGAUGACUUCAGAGCCCCCGAAUUCAGCACGCAAAGUUGUCGUGCAUCUUAGAGCCACUGGAGAUGCUCCUAUCCUGAAGCAAGCCAAGUUCAAGCUUCGAUUUGUUGUUAGUUGUUACGUUGGGCCUCUCACUUCACUGCCUAUAUUGAUAGCUGGAACAGACAAAUUUGCCAAAGUAAUUGACUUUCUGCGGCGGCAACUUCACAGGGACACAUUGUUUGUGUAUGUAAAUAGUGCCUUUUCACCUAACCCUGAUGAAUUGGUGAUCGACCUAUAUAAUAAUUUUGGGUUUGAUGGGAAACUGGUGGUCAAUUAUGCUUGCUCCAUGGCAUGGGGAUAAGAGCCAUUUGCAGCGUCUGAACAAGUAUUUCUCAGACAUUAUAUCUGGACACCAUGGUUGCAUUGCAGGUUUGCAGGUGGAUUGCGUACAAAUAAUUUGAUUAUUUCAUUUCAUCAAGUGAUUAUUCUUCUCAAUAUGAUGUUCUUAAACAGUGAUGUCUUUUUUUUCUCUUCCACUUUCGGAAUAGGGGAGUGCUCUUAUUGAUGAUUCUCCAAAAUUCAGGGUUCAAAAUGUUCCAUAAAACUCUCUUGGUGGAAGAAAAUGUGACCGGGAGAUCAUACUUGAUGAAAUUUGGUGAACCUAAGAAAUAAUGAGAAUUCUCUCAUUUGUGAAGAC